CUUUACAGGUCUUUUAGUGGUAGGUAGAAUGAUUAGGGAAAGACUGUUUGGCAGCCUAUAUCACAGCAAAGGCAACAUGAUAGACUAUUGAUAAAUACUUAUCUGAGUGUGAAUGUGGUGGUAUGAAGGCGUGGGAAGACCAGCUGUCGCGGUCCAGUGAGAGCACCUAUUCUCCUACCAUCAUCUUCUCUUCACAGGUGCUAUUCCCCCCUUCACACUCACUCAUCACCUCUCUUCCAUCUCAUGUACACUAGGGAUACACCCAUGAUAUGUUCGUGCCAUCCCUCUCAUCUUCAUCAGUCCAAGUAAAUCAUCCAAAGCGAAGGAAGCUUGAGCAUCAUAAUCACCACUGCUUGGAUUAUCCCAUUCACCUUACCACCCAGUCCAAUGUAACUGUGGGGAACAGUCAUGUGGCAACUCAUUUCAUCAGCAGCCAACAUGCUAGACCUCAACGGUUCAAUCAUCGCUCAUCCCCAGAGAAUGGUGCCCCUGGAAACUGCCGCAUUUAUACUGUAGAAAUUCCUCAAUCAUCACAGCGGUGUGGUCAAAAGCGCAAGUGCGAGGAGUACGAGACGUGUGAUGCAAGGAGAGGGUGCGGGAGAGGAGGUGAUACGACCGGGAACACUCGGACGACCACAAACACGACGCAAGGGGUGGGAGGCACCAAGGUGGUGGGUGGUGCACCCACUGCCCAUCACCACAAUCAUCACCACCAACACCAUCAUUCCUCAAGUGGGGGUGAUGGAGACUACCAACUGGUGCAGCACGAGGUGCUGACUUCACACACCAAUAACCACUAUGAGGUCUUGGAAUUCCUUGGCCGUGGCACUUUUGGCCAGGUGGUCAAGUGCUGGAAGAAGGGUACAAAUGAGAUUGUUGCCAUCAAGAUUCUCAAGAAUCAUCCUUCCUAUGCCCGACAAGGCCAGAUUGAGGUUCAAAUCCUGCAGCGUCUUUCUCAAGAGAGUGCCGAUGAAUACAACUUUGUGCGAGCACAUGAGUGCUUCUCUCACAAAAACCAUACUUGUUUGGUUUUUGAAAUGUUGGAACAGAACCUCUAUGAUUUCCUCAAGCAGAACAAGUUCACUCCAUUGCCACUGAAAUGCAUCAGGCCUGUUCUUCAGCAGGUGCUUACAGCACUGCUCAAGUUGAAGCAAUUGGGCUUGAUACAUGCAGACCUCAAGCCAGAGAACAUCAUGCUUGUGAACCCACAACGAGAACCAUACAGAGUGAAAGUGAUUGAUUUUGGAAGUGCAUCUCAUGUGAGCAAGGCAGUAUGCAACACCUACUUGCAGUCCCGUUACUACAGGGCACCUGAAAUCAUCCUAGGUCUUCCUUUUGGGGAGUCAAUUGAUAUGUGGUCUCUUGGGUGUGUUGUGGCUGAGCUGUUCUUGGGCUGGCCACUCUAUCCUGGGAGCUCAGAAUACGACCAGAUCCGAUACAUUAGCCAAACUCAAGGCCUCCCACCUGAGCACAUGCUGAACAAUGCCUCAAAAACCAGGAGGUUCUUCUAUCGAGAUCUUGAAAGCUCUUAUCCAUUCUGGAGACUAAAGACUCCUGAGGAAUAUGAACUUGAGACAUCAAUCAAGAGCAAAGAGGCUCGCAAGUAUAUUUUCAACUGUCUUGAUGACAUUGGUCAAGUGAACUGUCCCACUGAUGUUGAGGGGGGAGAGUUGCUGGCUGAGAAAGCUGAUAGACGAGAAUUCAUCGAUCUCCUCAAAAGAAUGCUCACCAUGGAUCAGGAGAGACGAAUAUCACCAGCUGAGGGGUUGCAUCAUCCAUUUGUUGCCCUUGCACAUCUGGCUGAUUAUGCUCAUUGUACCAAUGUGAAGGCUUCUGUGCAGAUGAUGGAAGUUUGUAAGAGGGAAUACCGUGGUCCGAACCCCCUCUACAGUCAUUCUCAUCCUCCCCCACCUCCAUUAGUUGCAAAUUUCAUUCCCACUUCUGCUGGACCACCUGGAGUUGCUCUUGCCUUCAAUAAUACCCUUGCAAAUCAAGUACCUCAACAACAGUAUGUGCCUGUUUCCAUGGUGGAGCAGAAUGGAAGACAGAUGCUUCUGACUGAUCAUCACACUACGGCAGUAUUCCCUGUUGAAUUGGCUGCUGACAUGUACCCAGACUACCACAGACAGCGCAAUGCAGCUGCAGCAGCUGCUGCUGCUGCUGCCGCUGCUGCUGCUGCAGCAGCUGCUGCUAAUGAGAAUCAGCUGCUUAUCCAGUACCACAGUGUUCAUCAUCAGAACCCAAAGAGAUCUGGAGGGAGAAACAAUAUCAAUAGCAAUAACAAUAUCAGCCUUCUUGGGGCAUUCAGUGGUAAUGGAAACUUUCUGUAUCCCCCAAACGGACGUGCCAAGGAUUCGGCCAUGGUCCCACAUUUUAGUCCUGUUAAGAAGCGUGUGAAAGAAGGCACUCCACCAACAGCUGCUCCAGCAGGUUCGCAAAACAUGGUCACAUAUGGGAGGGAGGGACGAGGAGCACCUCAUGGAGGAAGCCCUCCAAGCCCACAUCCUCCUAUUGGGACAGUCCCAGCCACUGGAAGACACAACAGUAAACAACAGCCCCGUAGGCAGCAGCAGCCUCAAGCCACCAUUACCAUCCAAGAUACCCCCUCUCCAGCUGUCUCAGUCAUCACGAUAUCGGACAGCAGUGAUGAAGAGCCACAGAUUCAAGAGCCAAAUAUGCAACAAGGAAUGUCCAAAGAUGUUACUGGAAAGAAAGAGCAAGUGAAUUGUGAUUGCAGCAUGUGUUCAAGCCGAGCAGCUGAGUACCAGAGACAGGGUGGAAACUGUCCCAGUGUGAUGGCCCUCACACCUCAGGAUCCAAUGAUCUCUUGUGUCACUCUUCCUGACAGUGAUGAGGAUAAGCCCAACAUCAAAUGCGAACCAGAUGAGCUACAUUUCCUCCUUGGCAAUCCUUCAGUGCCGAAGUAUAACAUCCCACAGUAUAAUCCACAGCAUGCAGCAAGCCUGUCUCAGAAGAAAAGGAUCCUGGCUAAGGCACAAUCAGAUUGUUUAGUGAAAGCUGAAGUGUCAUCUUCUGGUGAUGGAGAUAUCAAUUAUAAGAUGAAUGUUCCUUAUCAAAAUUUCAAUCAUGGAAGAGAACAUGGAGACAUGAGGAAUAUUGACUUGAAUCAUGGAAGGGAACGGAACUUGGCAUGGGGCUCAAUUCGGAACGGAUACAUAUCAAGCAAUGAAAGGGACAUGUAUCCCUCUAUGCUCUUGGGAAAGGAGAUGUCAACUUCAUCUUUUCGAGGUUACGAUGUCAUUGGAGGACAUCCGCCAUUGGCUCAUGUGAAUCGCAAUGGAGCUGGGGGCAUGAAACCCUGGCCAGCCCAUCAGACAUAUGUGCCGCAUCACUCGGGCAUGUCACCCCGAAUGGUUGGUGGGGCUUCAGCCAGUGCUGCAACCAUUUCUCCUACGACAGCUGCUGCUGCAGCAGCGGCACUGUUCAAUCACACGUCAACUGGUCAUCAUGGGGCUGCACCUCUUUUGGUUGCCACAACUCUUCCUCUCUCUGCAGCCUACCUCACUCCUACCACACAUCCUGUUGUCUCUUUUUCUGGGGCUUUGCCACCACCAGCUCAUCACAAUGCAGGAGGGGGCAAUGGAGGUGGUCAGGGGAUGAGAUCACAGCAUCGCAUCCAGGUGACUGGACCGAUCACAUCUCAUGGUCAUACGCAGCCGCUGCCUGCACACUUGCAGCCGGCGUUUCACACAACGCCUGCUGGGCCCAGCCCUUAUGCAACGGCCACAUAUGCCAUCAAUCCUGCUAAGGCCCAAAUUUAUCACCUGUUUGUGACGGAGCACGAAAGCGAGCUGCGGCCGAAAAAACGUCCGCAGAUAUAUCAGCAUAAGGUUUCGUUCCUUCAACUGCGAACCUGCAAUCGCCAGUCGGAGCCGACAAGCCACACCGUCACGCGAUCCCAACGAAAUAAAAACCCAGCCACGAAAGAGAACCGCGAACUGGACACGUGGAAGGAGAGGCGGUGGAAUCAGAAAGGUCCUCCAACCAGACUCGGGGGCUCGGCUCGCCAAAGCCCCGACGACAAAGCCUGGGAAGGCACGGGGCAAAUUGGCAUGCGGGGAAGACCUACUGAAGACAGGAGGUUCUUCAGUGGGAAGGAGCUAAUCUCCAGAUGGAAACCAUUCAGCAGACGACACAAACGGCAGAUGGAAGCCAAAUGGCAUUACUUCAGACGGCCCCCCUUACUGCUGUCCAAGUCUCCGGUAACCCACAAGCUGUACAAGCUCAGUCAGCACAGAGAGCACUCACCUACUCAAUUGAACACAUCUAAGACCAUGUGGAGCACCAAAUCUAUAUUUCAAGUUGCCGGAGGUGGUCAGCUGAUGGUGCAAGGAUCGAGUCCUGGACAGGCAAUCCAAGUCUCUGGUGCUUUGCCUGCAGGUGUCCAGGUUAUACCCAUCCAGAGUUUGCAGGCUGCAACAGCUGGUGGAGGCGGAGGAGGCGGGGGUAUGGUUCUUGGAGGCCAGACCUUGUUAGCUGCUACGUCUCAAGAUGGACAGAUCGUUUAUCAGCCCAUCCAAUUGGACACCCAAGGCAACAUCAUCCAGCAGGCUGCUGCUGCUGCACAACCUACUGUCUUGAAUAUUGGAGGCAACCUCAUUCAGCUGGUGUCAGCUGCAACAAACUUGCCUACAACGAACCAGACUCAAGCAACAGUGACAACAGCAGCAGCAGCAACUGCGACUCAACUGACUGCCAGUUCUCAGCAGUCUCUGUCUGGCAACAAUAUUGUCAUGAUGAUUCCAGGAGUAGGAGGAGUGUCUCAACUGCAGCGCAUCCCCUUGCCUGGUCCAGAACUCCUUGAAGAAGAGCCUCUAUAUGUGAAUGCCAAGCAGUACCAUAGAAUCCUGAAGAGACGUCAGGCCAGAGCCAAACUGGAAGCUGAUGGAAAGAUUCCAAAAGAGAGAAGAAAAUACCUUCACGAGAGUCGACACAUGCACGCGAUGAAGCGUAUUCGGGGAGAGGGUGGCCGAUUCAACUCUGGAUCGGUGAAGGGCAUGCAUGGGCAUCACCUUGAGUUGCACGGUGAAGGGCAUCCGAUGGACUCUGUCCCAUCUUCCAAUGAAAGCAGCCAAAACUCAGAGCAGAAAUUCAGUGUCCAAAUCAAUGCCUCAGAUGGUCCAACACGGACUGGAGCAGCUCCUGCCCUCAUCCUGGGAGCAUCUGGCCAUGAUGGCCGAAAUGAACUCUCAGAUGUAUCGGAACUGGUAUCGUCUGCAAUGCGCCAGGCUGUAUCGGGCUCCUAAGACGUUCUCAAGUUGAGUGAUGUGAGAAUGUAACUGGAAGAUGUGUGAUGAUGGUUCUUUAAUCUGCCAAAGGUUGCCAGACUGGUCACUGUGUUUGUUGACCAAAAGUUUGUCCACAGGGUUUGACCUAAUUGUUCAGUUGGAGGAGAGAUGUGAAAAAUCCCAGAGCUCCCCUCUCUGUGAAUCACAAAGCCAAAGUAUGACUUCCUUCUCACUACUUCUCCAAUGAUGUACCCUUCAGGCCUGGGCAAUUUUUUUUAUUGAAGAAUCCACUCUGCCCCAAUCAUACAGAAUUUAUUUAUUUUGUUGUGAGGGACAAGAGGCACUGCAGUGUCCUUCACCAUCCUUGUCUUCCUAGUGCAUAAGGCUAAAAACAUCUGUUAGGAAUAUAUGACAUUCCAAGUGCAUGUCUUUGCUGUUUUCCUUUGCAAUGAGGUGCCUGUCCUGGACUUGAAAUGUGCAAACUUGCAUUUUGUUUUCUCAUGGAGUUCAAGUCCCAUCCUUGAAGAGCAAUGUGUAUUUCAUGAAAGCUUUUGACUGAUGAGACAUUUUGAAUUCCUCCUCCCUGUGUCAGUAUUGAGUACAAAGAGAAUGCUAGGGCAUUCACUUGCUUCAACUAAUUUUAUGGUCUUCUGUAGAGGCAUAUGACAUAACGUGUGAGGAAGUGGCAGCACCAGUUUCAGAAUUACAUUGGAAGCUAUUUUUUCAAGAG